CUCGCCCCGCGCAGCCCCGCCCCGGCCGCCAUCCGCCCGCGCCGGCCCGCGCCGCAGCCCGAAGCCAUGAGCUUCUUCGGGUUCGGGCAGAGCGCGGAGCUUGAGCUGGUGCUGAGCGACGCCGAGAGCCGGCGGCGGGUGGAGCAUAAAACGGAGGAAGGCAAGAAGGAGAAAUACUUUCUCUUCUACGACGGCGAGACCGUGUCGGGGCGGGUGGUUCUCACGCUCAAGAACCCCAACAAGCGGCUGGAGCACCAGGGCAUCAAGGUGGAAUUCAUCGGGCAGAUCGAACUCUACUAUGACCGAGGGAACCACCAUGAGUUCGUGUCCCUGGUGAAGGACCUGGCCCGGCCCGGGGAAUUCACUCAAUCGCAGACGUUCGACUUCGAGUUCACACACGUGGAGAAACCUUACGAGUCCUACACGGGGCAGAACGUGAAGCUACGAUAUUUCCUCCGUGCCACCGUGAGCCGCAGGCUGAACGAUGUGGUCAAGGAGAUGGACAUCGUUGUGCACACCCUGAGCACCUACCCCGAGCUCAACUCCUCCAUCAAGAUGGAAGUGGGCAUCGAGGACUGCCUGCACAUCGAGUUCGAGUACAACAAGUCCAAGUACCACUUAAAAGAUGUGAUUGUGGGGAAGAUCUACUUCCUGCUGGUGCGGAUCAAGAUCAAGCACAUGGAGAUAGACAUCAUCAAGAGGGAGACGACGGGCACGGGGCCCAACGUGUACCACGAGAACGACACCAUAGCGAAGUACGAGAUCAUGGAUGGGGCACCUGUGAGAGGGGAGUCCAUUCCCAUCAGGCUCUUUCUGGCUGGUUAUGAGCUGACUCCAACCAUGAGGGACAUCAACAAGAAGUUCUCUGUGCGUUAUUACCUCAACCUGGUGCUGAUUGAUGAGGAGGAGAGGCGCUACUUCAAACAGCAGGAGGUGGUGCUGUGGAGGAAAGGGGACAUCGUGAGGAAGAGCAUGUCCCACCAAGCUGCCAUCGCGUCCCAGCGCUUCGAGGGGACGUCCUCGCACGGCGAGGCCAAGCCCCCCGGGCAGCCCGCGGAGAACAACGGCCGGCAGUGAGGCCGGGGGGCCGCCGGGAGCCCCCAGGACAGCGGCACCGAGGAGGAGACGCUCAGAGACUUCACAGAAAUAAAUACCCGUUUUUGACUAAAUUCCUUUCUUCAAAGGACUGGCGGGGUGGGACGGGGCGGGAGGGCUCGGCAAGCUGGAGCGCUGGCGGCGCGGCGUCGGAGGUGCCGGGGCGCUUCCCGAUCCAUACAUUCCUCUGGAGGCUGGGGUCGGCUGCUUUGAGGCAAUGUCCGGAGGCUGCGGAGCUGCCUGAUCUCCUCUGUGCCCCGAGAGCCUCGGCCUGGCGGCGGGGAAGGACAGAGCAAGCGAAGGCCCCAUCUGCUGCUGCUUCUCCCCAGCCGUGUGGAGGUUGCUUUGGGGCUGUGUAGGAUGGAUGUUUUUCUUGCCUUUCCAAAAUCUUCCCUGGGGAAAACGGCCUGGUGAUUAGCUGCGUGCUAGAGGAGGGAUCAGAGACUGUGGUGUGGCCUGCUGGAAGUUGUGUGGUGUCAUUCCCUCGCUGCUUCUCCUUCCUCUUCGUGCUGGCGUUGGAUUCCUUGCCACAAGCAGUUGGAUGAUGCAGGUGACUCAGCCCUGGGACUGCCACCCAGCAGGACUCAGCGUGGGGCACGGGCAGGGCCGUGCUGUGUCCCAGCAGGAGCUGUGGCUGGUAGGAGGGAGUGAGAUGUGUGGAUACGGGAGGAGGUGGCACAGGGUGGGCAGAGCAGUGAUGGUCCCAGUGCUGCUGGGUGGGCAAGAAGUGGGGGCAGGAAGGCUCCUGGCCAAGAGCAGUGCCUUCCUAGUCUUGUCCUGGCAGCUGCCUGAGUGCCCCUGAGAUCCACACUCCGGCUGCUGCACUCGUGCAGCUCCCAGGUGCUGUUACAGAGCAGCCUGGAGAGGCGUAGAGAGCAGUUUUGGAGCUCUUGGGGGCUCUCCUGGGGUGUGUUUACACUGCACACGCUGCCCUGCCCGUGUCUGUGUCCUUGGGACAGAGCAGGCUUUGUGUAGGGACGGACAGCAGGGCAGGGCCGUGUGUGUGCUGUCUGGUUUGCUGCCUCGCGCGUGCGGGACCAGGAUCAGCGGGGGCAGAAGGUGGAUGCAGUUGUUGUGGGAGGCUCAAACAGGCCUGUGUGGGCUGCUGGAUGGAAGCGUGGCAGAGCUCUGAUUCCAGAGACACAUUCCUGAGGCCUGAGCUGAAGUCACCAGCGAGGUCUGAGAGCUUGCAAUGAGCUGAGAACCUGAAUGUGGGUUUUCUUUUUUAAAAUAAGCUGCUUUUAGCCUUCAGCUAAGUAGACUCAUGAGAACACUACCAGAAGGAAGUCACUCCUCCAUUAAAAAUCAGAUGUGGCUUUGUAGACUUGGUGGACUGAGUUUGGAGAAUGUCCAUCCUGUUUAGCUGCCCUUCAACAAGCAGGUGCUGAGACCUCCUACCCGAGGGGGAGACAAGCCUGCACCGCGUGCUGGGAUGGGAGCUCUGUCAAGUGGGAUUUGUCUGGAUUUCCCUGAGUUUGUGGCUCGCUACUUUGUCCAGCUUCCUUUUGGCUCUGGAAUCAAGUUCCUCUGUCCUACAGCUGAAUGUAGAGCAGGUGUCUUGCAGCUGGGAAAUGGAAGUUUCUGCUUUGUUCAGUGGAACGGUGCUGGUGGAGGGAGUGGGGCCGGGGUGGGAAGGGAAGCUUUAUAUGUAAUGACAGCUACUGUAUUUCAGUGAUAAAUGUGUGUUUUCUGCUUGCCAAAGUAAGUUAUCUUUUCCUCACCACGUGUAAGGUUGUGGUUUUUAGUAGAGCUGGCCAGUCUCACUCUGUAGAGGACUAAUGCUCUCAUCUCUGCUGACCGCUUGUGUCACCCCAUGUUUCUGCUGUGCACCACAAGGACGUGGCUCGCUUUGCCCCCAUGGCGAGUCUGGGCCGUGGGCUGGGGCUGUGUCUUCCCAAGGCUGGAGCAAAAGCUCACUGCAGACAACAAUCACCUUGUUGUGCCAGGGCCAGGGGUGGGGACCUGCUGCAGGUCUGCCAUGGCAAAGGACCCCGGAUGGCACUUUGGACACUCCUCCCUCCCUCCCUGGGGGGAACUGCCUGUCCUGCAGCCAGGCACAAUCCCUUAGGGACAAGUGAAGCUCCUCUGGGAGCCCUUGGGGAUAGCAGACUAUCUUUCCAUGGCUGAGCUGAGCACAGCAGCACCCUCACAAUCUUCCUAAGCUUUCCUUCAGCCCCCUCCUUGCUGAAUUCCUUUGUUCCCUUUAUUCCCCUGGAUUGUAGGCCAUGUGGUGGUAAAGAAACCCCCUGGAUGGAGAUGUCUCUGCAUUCCAGGAGUGGGUUUUUUUCCUGCCUGACUGGAUAUGAGAUCAUUGCCUGGCUGUAAGGAGAUGGCUGUUUAACAUCAUCAUUCCUGGAGGGUUCCCUUGGAAAAGGUGCAUGAGCCUGGACAUGGAGUUGGGUUUUUUUUUUCCUUCUUUGUCCCCUCUCCCCUCUGUCCCUACGUGUGGAACCAGAACUUAGAAAUAAUCCCCAUUUUUACUGAAUCUAAUGGACCAUUCAGCCUGUCCACCACUGGGCCCUCUGUUUGUCUGGGGUGGAGCGGAUGUGCUGAGCAUCCUUAGAGAGAAGCUGGGGUCACUCCAGGACAAGGUACUCUAGAACAGUGUUUUGUUAGCAUGUUAAGGGGCAGAUGCUGCUCGAGCAGUCCUGUCCCCCGGAGCUGGUGGUUCUGUGCUGUACUUGGGUCAUUCCCUCUCUCCCAGGCAGAGGGGAGUGGGCAAGUACCAAACCAAGCAGUGCAACUUGUAAUUAAGCCUCUGCUGUGUUUACAUGUUUCUUAAUUCGUCGUCUUUUCAAUGGCUGUAUUUUAAAAGUUCGGUUUUUUUGUCUCUCCAAUUAAAAAGAGCCAGCCCUGGCUGUCAAAUGCUGUGCA